AUGGAACCCAAGGUGGGGAACUGUUUGCCGAUGCAAACAAAACAAACCCCCAAGUUCGUUAUCGUUGUUUACGCAUUUACCACUCCAAUCAUUCGCUGGAACCAAGCUAGAGCUCCAAUUACAGUCAUGACGACUCCAAGGCCAGCACAUCCUAAACCGCUGGGCUGGUUGGCCCCGUCGCAUCUGACGGUUUUUAUCCGCAACCUGAAACUACUACAGCUUGACCAGCGCGAAGAUUGGCCCGAUAUAACACUCCGCUCAUUGUCGCCGUCGUUGCAAAAUCAGCGGCAGCGAAUUCGCCUUGUAGAAUGGGCUCUCUACUAUCUUUUUACUAUCUAUGACCCAGAGGGAGCUCAAAGUAAACUCCGGCCUUUCUUCCCACCUCUGGAAUCGCUUCAGUCAGUCAAUCUCCGUGCAGCGUUGUUUCGCGUCCUGGCCGAUUUGAAGAAAAAUGGUGAUCUGGGACGAGAAGCCAUUCUCCGCAAAAGUAUGCUGGAUGACUGCAAGGGCGAGAAAUUUGAUGAGCUUCUUGCCAUCUUUUCCACCGCAGUGCUACGUAAGCUGGUCGCGGUAUCCACUUCAGAUAUCGUCAGGAACCCAGCCAUGAGUAUGGCAACCGCCACUGAGAUUACGCCGACAGAUUACCAGAACAUGGUGCCUCUUAUUCUUACGCAUCAAGUAUCUCUCAAUGCGGUGGGGACACGCCGUGCCUGUGUACAGACGACCUAUGACGAGUUCUCGCAGCUACUGGAUAGCAAAAAAUCUGAGCUGACAGUGCGGGAAAAUAUGGUGUCGGGGCAUCACAAUGACUACAACGAGGCCAGCACGGCGGAGAGACUGGCUGGUGAGCUUCGAACAAACUGGCUGGGAAGCGAGGAGUGGGCGACAGCACUACUGAAUGGUGGAUCACAGAGCAGCACGGAUAAGUUCUUGGAGCUUCCUUUCUCGCGGGCCUUGGCUCGCGCGAAAGAAUCAACCGUUGAUGCUCUUGGAGGAGGCGCCAAGGAAGACCUUGUCAUUGACUUGGAAGCACGAGUUCUGCGGUUACGGAGUCGGCUACGCAGAUGGCAUGAAUUCAAUGAUUCAAUUCGAAAGGAGCGUGACAAUAGCGGGAUCUCAGAGGAGAGGAAGCCUCAAGAGCCUCGUCUACGGUUCCGGGACCACCAAUCGUUGACCGUGGCAAGUAUAUCUAAAGCUGUUCGACAGUCCGCGGAACGAGGGAAAGUUCUUCGAGAUGCAGAUCAAUCAUUUUUGGCAUCUGUUCAUGACGCUAUCAGCCAAAUAAAUGGUACAACCCGUGUCAGGGCUGGACACGAUGUGCACAUUGAAGCACCGAAAGCGAAGUCAAUACCUCUACCUGCAACGACCCCCGAAAGCCCACCUUCACCAGCAAUCAGUAUCCCUGAAAUUCCCAAAAUCCCCAGUCUCCCCGAUGAUCCCCAGAAGCUGAGCCCGAUCCCCGCAGCAGCCCCAAACCCCUCUAUCCCGGAGUUUCUUCUCUCUCCCGGCCAAGAUUUCGAAGAAGACAAGCAAACAGACCCAGAGCCAGAACCUAUCAAACCAACCACUUCCUCGAACUCCAGUAUUGUCGAGCGUACCCGUAAAUCAAUGUCUCUCCUGCCACCACCUUCAUCAUAUGAAGCUCAGGCGCGGCCUCGCCGCCGUGGCCCGCGCCCAUCUUUCCCCACAAACCAAUUUGAGACACCUCGGAAGCUGUCUGGUCCACUAGAACGAUCGGGUGCAUCUACGCCUCAUGAUAAACUGUUUGAAGAGGAUGCGGAGUACUCCAGUGUGUUCAAGUCUCGGCCGCGCGUGGCUCUGAGUCCGAUCUCGUCACCGGCAGUUCAUGUAAGUCUGUCCGACGAAAGCGAAGAUUUCGAGCUGGAUCAGGAUAACUCUGAGUGGGAUGUGGAUUCGCCGCUAGCUGCCCCGCGGUUCAGAGCUUAA